UAACGAGAGUCUAACAACAAACUCCCUGAGCGCAGAGAGCUGAAGUAUUGAAAGACAAAUCGAUAGCUUCACGGUUACUUGCUGUCAAUUAAAGACUGUUUGUGUUUACUGUACAGGUGCUGGAACAUUUUAGAAGAGACUCUUUGGAAAAAGCACAGAGCAAGACGCAGGAGGAAUACCUGAGCCCUCAGAAAGAAGAGACAUGAAUUUAAAUGACUUUGUGGUGCUUCCUAACAACAAGGCCAAAUCUGUCAAGCUCAAUGCCAGGAACCUGCAAGAACUGCAGAUGGAGACGGUGACUCUGGGCCAGGAGAGCGAAGAGAUGGAGCAGAAGCUGCAACAGCUGAAAGAGAGCAUGAGUAAAGAGAAGCAGGAGAGAGGGCAUCCUGGAAGGUUAGGAUGGAAGUCUGGAAAAUGUGGUUCUUUAAACAGCAACGCUCUAACAAACGAUGCCAAGAAGAACAAGGAGAACAGACUCCAAAAGCUGUCAGCAGGCAAGGUGAAGAUCCGAGUGUUGAAGGAUGAACCGCUGACAGCCCCACCUCAGCCACCGCUUCCACCUCCACCCCCUACCAUCGGACUACGGAAGACGAGAAAAAACAGGCUGAAGGGAACAUGCUGUGUGCAAUGUGAAGUCAAGACUGCAGGACUAAAGUGUGCCGAAUGCGCAGAGGACUACUGCAUUGGCUGCUUUACCAAAUUCCACCAGAAGGGGGCACUGAAGCUCCACAGAAUGAUCCCCAUUCAGACAGAUUUACAGACCCAUGUGAGCACUCGAGAUGUUGUCAGCUGCUUACAGAAACAGAUUAACCCUAGCUCCUCUCCCAGUACCUCUACAAGUCCUGCUGUGGCAAAACCUACGCAACUGUACCCUGAUUCCAGCCAGGUGUUGACUGCGGAUCAUGGAGAGGAGGAGGAAAAGAUGGAAAUGAUUGAAGAAAGGCAGAGAAGGGAGGAUGAGAGGGGAUUUCCCACCUCUCUUCUUAGAGGAGAGUACAAUGAGGAGGAGUCUGCGACAUCUUUCCAGGAAGCUCUCAGACAAUGGAGAGGAGAGAAGAGUGAUGAUGAAUCAAGAGAACCAAGGAAUGAGGAGGCAAUGUGGACACCCAUCCGACCAGCAUCGGUGUCAGCUAUGGCGACCCAGGCUGACCUCGCUCCAGACAGAGGAAGAGGAGGGAGAGAAGGGAGGGUACCUGUCAGGGUGGAGUUUGCAGAAAACAGCCUUACCUACAUGGACAGAUUGCUUCUCAAGAAGCACCGCAGAGCACCAAUCGAAAUUGGAACAAAUUUGAAAUCACUGCCUAACGCAAACACUGCGGACGAGACUGCAAGCAGUCUAACAGCUCAGGAGGAGGAUUUUCGUCGCUACUGUGCAUCAUUGUUUGCUGUCCCUGUCAGCAGGGGCAGGACUGAGCCUCAGAUUACUACACCUGAAUCGUGCCUCGUCAUAGAAGUCCUGGAUGAGAGAGACGGAUACACAAAUGGAGUUUUUGUUGCUGAACAAAGGACAGACAACAACAGAAAGGUUCCCUCUGUUCAUCAGGUCUGCAGUGAGGAAACGCCGGUGCCCCAAACAGCCUUAACCAGUGGUGGGUCCCCAAGAGUCAGCUGCUCUUCUCCCAGUCCAGCACAACCAUGCAGGCAGUCUAGAGCACCAGCACAUCCCAAAGCAGCUCAGAAGCUCCAUCUAUCUAAGCCUCAGACUUCACAAGCAGAACACUCGACAAAAUCAUCGUCCUCUAAAAGUAAGCCAUCAGCAUGCCCCACUGCUGAGACUCCAAGGACUUCAAAGACAUCAAUCAAUACACCAACUUCAACGUCACAAAAGCCCAGUUGCCCGCCCAAUGUUCAUAAAUCAAACCCUGAACGUGGAUCAAUACAACUUUUGUCCUCUCCGUCAUUAGCACAUUCCCAAACUGAGAUCCCUAAAUCCUCACACUCCCCUCUCUCGUUUCCACCUGAUGUUUCUCCUUUGACUAGUACCAGACCUCCAAUCCUAGAAGAGCAUCUCUCCCCUUCUCCAUCCAUAUCCUUCUCCUUGAGGUCUACGUUCACAGUCUCACCAUCAAGCUCAGCUGAGUUAACCUUAUUGCCCAAAGUUCACCAAUCAAACCCAUUACAGAAAGGCUCAGGCUCAUCUCUGUUAGCAGAAAAACCCCAAUCUUCCCAGUUAUCCCCCGAGCCAACCUCAUCACUGAAGCUUUCCCGAUCACCCCCAAGCAAUCUAGAGUACCCAAGGCAAUCCCAGCAUUCCUGCUGUGACCCAGAGUCUCUCCUCUCAGACAAUCAGCUCCAGCUCCCUCUGUCACCUGUGUCUUCCAGUCCUCUAGUACCUCUAUUUGAUGCAUAUUUUAGUCAUGGGUCAACUCCAACAAAUUCUUUAGUUUUGAUGUCCUCUACCCCAAUACCUGAUGAACAUGAAUCAACUCAGGAUACAGAGUGUAUCCCAUCACUUCCAUCACAUUUCUAUGAUGUCAUCAAUAAUCCUCCUUUAGCUGUGGAAAUAGAGGAGGAAGAGGAGCUAUCAAUAGACAGUGGAGAUGAAAUGUCCAUCGAUAGCCUGGACCUGGCUCCACAUGAGGAAGACUCUUCAGAUGAAGAAGAAGCACAGAUGCUCGGACGUUUAACGAGAGGGAGAUCCAGAGAAGAAGAGCAAGGGAGCCCUGCCAUAUCUCAUACAGAAGAUCCCUUUGUUCCUGCAGAUGCCGACAGAGAAGGAGAUUUGCACACUGAUGAGCAGGAACAGCUGUCAGAACCAUCCAUGGUGAUGCACAACCAGAGUGCUGGGUCUGGAUCAGAGCUGUUCUGUGAUCUGGACGGGUUUACGCCUCUGGGCUUGGACAUGAACUCUGGUCACUCCGACACACCAGAACACACACACUGGGACCCAGUGCACACAUGCCAGACUUCACCUCAUGAUUCAGACCCAACAGGGUUAGAGGGUUAUGGGCCAAGCAGCAGCCUCAGUACUUACACUGAAGAACACCAGCUUUUUAGAAUGAUGAAGGACAAUCACAGGCAGCCAACUAAAAUUCACUCAACCAGACCCACUACGAGAGGAGAAAUAUCAGCAAAUGAAUGAGGAACAUCUGGGUCAGUGUCCAGCCUGUCUGGCAAGUCCACACCAUCUCUGUCUCACCGUCCAAAGACAAACCCAAGUCCUCUCUCUGUACCUGUCUGUCCCUCCCUCUCCCAUUCCCCCGCUCCUCCGCUCUAUGCCUGCCUGUCCCGUCCUACAUCGGGCUCAGAAUUUGGUCCAGCGUCUCGUCCGUUGUCCCGGGCAGCCCAGGAGAUCAUGGAAAUCUGUGGUGUGGACCACACAGGCUGUGAGGACCCGGACCUGGACACCGACACGACUGCACACACACUCCUCGGUCUGGAGCAGGAACUCAAACUCAUGGCCAAGGAAACAGGGAAGCAGGCUUCAAUAUUUGGUACGGGAAACAGUGAUGGUCCAGAUCAGCAUGGAAAUCAUCGUUUCACACGGGGCCAAGUAGGCGAGGAACAAAAGGAAGAGGAGGCGGCUGCACGGAGAGACCGGCAGAGUGUCCUCUUACUACCCUGAGAUAUUCACACACAUGCACACAAAUACACACGCUUGUUAAAUAAAGGAAAAGAUUUGCACACAGAUAUAUAAGAGAGUGAAGUGAGAACAAAAACACACACUGGAUGUAAUUUAAAUUGUGUUCAAGGCUGGUGCAGAUGCUAAAUCUGCCGGGAACUCUUGUCGUGCAAAUAUAUGAAAAUGUAAUGCUUUGAAAAAAUCUUGCUGGAUAUCGAUUAAAUGCCUUUUUGAUUUGAGUUAU